ACGAGACUGCUCCAUGCAAUUCGCACCUCAUCAUGUCUGAGGUCCAAUUAUUCUUAUUGGCUUACAGUAAGAAUGAUAAGACAGAGGCACGGGAGAUAGCUGCGUCGACAGCUAAACGACUCGAGACGAAGGAAUCGGGGAUUCUCAACGUUGUACAGGAAUUGGGACCUUAUCUGACCGAAGAGAAUGUCGAAAUACGCAGCAAUGCCAUCGCCUACCUCUCCACUGUUUUAGCCGCAUUGCCCUCGAGAUUUCUCAGUAGGCAACAGACCGAGGUACUUGCAACCUGGUAUCUGUCCUGUAUAAAAGAUGGGCCUAAGCUUGAAUACGCCGCCGAAGGUCUCCAGGAGCUGUUACGGACGGGCAGAGCAGAUGACGCGCUGGUACAAAGCAUCACGUCGAGACUACUGGAUUCAAUUGAAGAUCUGCAGCGAUCGCCCCAAUCGGAUAGAUAUGCUGUUUACGUUUUGGUGGACUAUCUCCUGGCGGUUCAUCGCACCUCACUCGUCGACAUUCAAGAGCAGGUCAUCCCUGGCGUGAUAGACCUCGUCAGCGGCGAAAAAGAUCCUCGCAAUCUCAUGAUCAUCUUUUCCUUUAUGAAAGUGAUCAUGGUGGAAUGGCAAAUUACUCAGUUCGCCGAACCCCUCUAUGAGUCCGUAUUUUGCUAUUUCCCAAUUACCUUCAGGCCGCCGCCAAACGAUCCCUACAAAAUUACUGCACAAGAUCUCAAGGAGCGUCUUCGCGCAUGCGUUGCAGCUACUGGUGACUUUGCCCCAUUUGCCAUACCGGCUUUGAUUGAUAAGUUGGACUCCACAUCUCCUAAUGUCAAGAAAGAUGUUAUGCAGACAAUAUCCGCAUGCGCGCUAUCCUACGGCUCUAGGGUCCUUUCUAGAUACUCCAUUCCUCUCUGGGAUUCUCUGAAAUACGAGAUCUUCAAUGUCCAGGAGGAAAACCUGGCCGAUGAUGCCCUCAACGCACUCCGUUCAAUCGCCACUGGUCUUUCAUUUGAGUCAAACUUUGGAGAAACAAAGUCAUACCUUGGUCAAUACACUGCGCCAAUCACUAAAGAAUGCAACCAAGGCAUCCAGGAUCCACAGCAGAAGCAGGCCAAGGCUGCCAGUCGAAUUUUGGCAACUAUUGCUGCUGCUGGCGAGAAUGCUUAUCUCAUGGUCAUCAAAGAUGUGAUGCCUCCUCUAUAUGAGCUCUAUAGGACUGCGGACAGUAUCGCCAAGCAGAGAGGAUUGCUCGAGGUUCUUGUGGAACUUUUAGAAGCCAAUACCAGAGUAUGGGGUACAUGGGCUCCGCAACAGCCACGGUCUGCAGUCUACAACCCACUUCAGCCUUUCAAGGAGAAGAUGCUUGAGGUCUUUAGCCCGGCUUUAAUGGGAACCUCGAAAGGCGAAGUGUCAUUCCGCAUUGUUGCGCUGAAGGGUUUGCUCCAGAUGUGCCGCAUCUUCGGCUUCCUGGAUCGUGACGAGAUCGGGCUUGUUGUCCAGUAUCUGAACGAUGUCGCGCUGGAAGAAUCGACGGGAGAGGACAGGCUUCAAAAGGAAGCAAUUGAGGCGCUUGUCCAAAUCUCAAAAUACAAAUCUGAUCCUAUUCUUGAGAUUAGCAUUCCCAAGUUCAUGGCGCAGCUACCACAGAGCGCAGACCAUGGUCAAAUGCUCACUUACGUGCCUAGUUUGGAGAUCUUGGCUGAGCUGAGUGUAGAGAAGACGAUAUUCAUCCUCAUUCAACGGAGGUUGCUCUCAAAGCUUGGCGACAUUCUUAAUAAUGGCUCGUCUUCCGAAUAUGCUCUUUCCAUCUUGUCAACAUUAAGACACAUUUUUAGUCGACCAGACCUCUCGCAGGAUCUAUCAUUGGACCUUUAUUUUAGAAUGGUCAUUGAGGAGCAAACAAGGGACAUCGUAACCGCUAAUAAGCCUGGCUGCCCCGUAAAUGCGAGACAGAGCGAAGCCGUAAUCGAUGCUCAUGGACGGCUCUGCAACCUUAUCGUCCGAGCUCUUCCCGAAAACAAACAGGCUGAAGUCCUUAACCAGGUCUGGAGUCUCUUCACGACUCCGGAUUCCUUUACACCGGUGCCCUUCUCGAAUCAGAGAAGUGAAAAUGAGAGAAAAACUCUUGUUUUGUCAUCUCACCUGCUCUCAGGGAUAAACACCAAAAAGGUGAAGCUGGACCAUAUCACCUGGGGCAUUGAAUCAUACUUCCAAGACAUUGUCCGUCUCGCCCUCGACGAGACUCUUCCAGGCGUGCGCAUGGCGCUUCUACGCACCCUUGCCGUCCUCACCAACAAAUUCUUCCCCACUGGCGCCGCCCUCCCUGCGAGCAUCAUCGACGGUCCCGACUCUGGACUACUGCCGGGAAACAAAACACCAAACGCCAGCCGUGUUGCAUUCUGGAUUCUCAAAGGCCUAGUGUUCCGCAUGGAUACCUCCAUUACGCGCAUUCUGGAGCUCCUCGUCUCGCAGCUCGCCGACGCCGAAUAUGGCCAGAUUAUCGCCCGCGGCUUCGACAUGCUGCUUUCACAAGACCACGCACUUUCUGAGGCUAACCAUGCCAUUAUUAGAAAGCUUCACAAGCAGAAAGUAUUUAACGUAUGCACUCCCAGGAUCGCUACUGGCUUCCAAGCCGCCCCAGUAUCGGCUCGCGCAAACUAUCUCGUCGCCCUUGCGGGUCUUCUCAAAGACGUACCCAGCGAAAUCAUCAUGCCCGAGCUGGAGACUCUUCUUCCCUUGCUCUUGCGCAGUCUCGACCUCGACGACCCUAGCGUUAGCGCGGCCACUCUCGAUACGAUUACCGUCGUUGCAGUCCAGAACGCCAAGGGACUAGAAGGACACAUCGCCAGCCUUGUCGGGCGGCUCCUUUCGUGCGGAGAAGUAAAACCGUCUAAUCCAUCAACCGUCCGCAAGUCGGCCCUAAGAUGCCUCGGCCUCUUCCCGACCCGCAUCCGCCACGAAGUUCUGCUUCCCUACAAGACGCAAGUCAUGCACCGAUUGCUCGCCAUGCUGGACGACCCGAGACGCGACGUGCGCAAGACCGCGGUCGAUUGCCGCAAGGAGUGGGCAGGCAUGGACGAGCCGGACGAGGAUGAUGAGUAAAAACGAUUAGACUUGCCGCCUGUGGCAGCUUGAUGUCGACUACUAUGCCAAAGCAGCAAAUGGCUCACCAAGGCGUGGUGGAAUAAAGACGGACAGGGAGGACAGGCUGUAAGAUGAUUGGAUACGAUCGAAGAUACCAAUCUAGUAGAUACCAAGAAGGAACGAAAAAGCGAUCAAAUUCGAUAGAUUUACUUACGAUAGUUAGAAUUUCCUUCGCGUGGACUUCUGAUUCUUUUAGAUUUAAAAAAGAACGGAAAAUAUGAAACUCAUUAUCGGCAUGAUGCCUUCUCAUAAGGUGAUCGGUGCUGAAGGGAAACAAUAACGACAUGAUGUGUCCAAACAGCAGAUAGGAGUAAUGCAUGCAACUCAUUCUUAGUUCGCC